GUGAUAUGUAAUAACUAAUAAGUUUUAUAUUGAUUCCCCUAAACAAACCAGAUAAUGUUUAAUGGAGUCAUCAUAACCACAAACACAAAACCCACAUUCUUCAUCUGUUUCUGCAGAAUUGAAACCUUCAAGAAUGUCAGACAACCCAAAGAAAACCCUAAUCUUCUGUUAUGGCACUCUAAAACAAGAUUUCGCUAAUCAUUUCUUAAUGCAGGACUUAAUUUCCCACAACGACUGUGAUUUCAUCGGCGCUUAUGUCACCAACAACAACCUCCCGCUCGUUAUCGGUCCUUACGGCGUCCCUUUCCUUCUCAACCUCCCGGGAUCAAGUCGACACCGUGUCAGGGGAGAGCUCUACUCCGUCUCGGAUUCUGGUCUCCGACGCUUGGAUGAACUCGAAGGAAUUACGCUUGGCCACUACGAGAGGCUUCCGAUCACUUUGACACCGAAAAAUGGUGGAGAUUCUGCGGUGGUGGAGGCGGAGGCGUAUUACGCUCACCGGAGUUUCGCGGAGGAGAUGUGGCGGAAGAGUGGCGAGGAAGGGUAUGAUGCUUAUACUGUGGAAUUGGGGAUGAAUUAUGUGAGGAAGGAUUUGAGGCCAAAAGAUCGGAGUUUGCGUGAUGAGAUUGCGUUGUUUGUUCAUCGGAUUGAUUGAAUAGUUGGAGGUUUGAUUCAACUCUGUUGGAAAUCUUGAUUGUGGCAUGCCAUCAUAUCAUAUGUAACUUCUAAAGCCAUUGAAUCACAAGAUCGAGUUACAGACGUAGAAAACAAGAAAAUAUCACAAAUUAAUAAAAUUUAUAGACAAAUUAUCAACUCGAUUACUGGUUUUACAGUUUCAGUGAAAAUUUUAUGAUUUGAAUA